AUGAAUGGCAGCAACAUCAAAUUCCCUCUACCGGAUGGGUAUUUCCCGCCGGUAAAGCUCACCCCAGAUGCGAUAGAGGUCUAUGAGCGACGCGUAGAGAUCAUUAUGAAAAAUGCAUUGGCUGAAUACAACCUGCACGAGGCCAUGGGAACCGUACCGGACUACGGGUCACGGUGGAACGUUGUAGGGAAUAUUGAACACCUUACUGCAAUUCGUGAGGUGGACCCGUCUAGGGCAGUUGAAGCAUCACGCGUCUUUGGACGUAUUGAUGGUGACUAUCGGAACUAUAUCGACUUCCACUAUUCGGUGACAGCUCAAGAGGUCUUUGCAGUAAACCAGUUCAUGUAUGGAUAUGCAGUGGAUGGUGCGGUACUGUGCAAUAUCCAUACGAAAGAAUCACAAAAACCCCAUUUGUACCUGGGCAUGAAAUGGGUAUGUCACCAGCCGUCAACGCUCUCGCGCAAGCGCGACAUGUGCUUUCUCGAGUAUCUUGUCUACACUAAAGACCUUCAGGAUCGAGAUGUUGGCGUCCGAAUCACGCUACCAUUGCUUCUGGACGAAUGUCCGCCACUAUCGGACAAGUUGAAGACGAGGCGCAUUCAUGCACAUACGGUGACUAUUGUUCGCCCAACAAACGACAGCUCCGACACCACUCAACUUUUCAUGACAAGUGAAAUUGACAUGUACAAAGGGUCGCACUCCACGUCUGUUGGGUCGUUUAAGAAGCUCAUGACGACAUUGAGUUCCAUGGCUUUGUUUGCCGACUCUAAACGCAUUGCUGUGCAUGGUAUGCUGGAUCGCCAAAGCUGGGCGCAGAAGAAGGCGUGUGCUAACUGCACCGUAUGCGAUCGCAAGUUUUCAGCCACGCGACGACGUCAGCACUGCCGUCUCUGCGGUGAGGUGGCUUGUCGGCGUUGCAUGUUGAUUCGUGACGCCCCUACAGUCGAUAGCAACGCUGCUUCGACGUCACGUACUUUCCAGGUAGUGAAAACUGUGUUCUGUAAAGCAUGUAUGGGCAAGGUCCGUGGUUCCGACAUCAAGAGUAUCGCUGGAACUGACAGUCAAGAGGAAGGCAUGUCUGACGCCGAGUCCGCGGGCUGGUCGAUGGACAAAAUUGUUGGCAGUAAGGGCAACUUAGCAAUGUGCAGUGAACCGUCAAUUGCGUCGCUUUCACCUACUGCUGUCUUUACCUUUCCUCAAAAAGAUACUGUCGGGGAUUCUGAGAGUGAAGCGAAUUUUGUUGAAAGCGUUAGUCUGCUACAAAACAAGUUCUUAAGCACCGUAGAAUUGGAGGUGCAAUCUGAAACAAAGACUAGCGUUUCGUCUUCACUAGAUGACGAGACCGAAGUCGAAGUCAUGGAAUCUAUUGCUCCCAAGAUGAUAGAUCUGCGCCACCUCCGAACGAUGGCAGGAGCGGAGCGUGUCGUACAAGAGGUGGAGGAAGAAGAAUUUCGGACAAUGCGAGAGUCUCUUGCAGCAUUGGACUUUAAAGCUGUUCGCCUCGUGAAUUUACCGUCAUAUGCAGAGAACGAGUCAUUUUCAAGCAGCAGUAGCAGCAAGCUGCCACUUAUGGAGGAGGACGAGGACGAUGAUGAUGAUGAUGAAAAUGAUGAAGAGAACGAUAAUGAGGACGAUGUUAUUGAGAUUAUUGAUGAGUCGAAUCAGAUUGUAUCUACUACACGGCAGGUCGUGUCAUCUCCAUUGGAAGGAUCGCCAUUGGAUGGACCAAUUGAGUCGUUGUUUGGACCUGCUCGAUCAAACGUGUCGAUCGAUCAGCGGCUUCAGGAGCAGGAGGUGCUAUUGAAGCGUUUAGUAAUGGCGGCGAACUCCUCUGCCGGAUACUACCCACCAAGUGCCCGCAGCUGA